AUAGGUGGGUUAAUAGCUUGGUAUACUACGGGUUGUCUCUGAACACAGGCUCUCUAUCUGGUGACCCAUACAUGAACUUUUUCCUGAGUGGUCUGGUCGAGAUCCCAGCAUACAUCGCGUGUCCGUUUAUAAUUCAAAGGUUUGGAAGACGUUCGCCUGUUUGUAUUUUCCACGUGGUUGGGGGACUUGCUUGUAUUGCCACCGCAUUUAUACCACCGGUCACAGAUAAUGGCGCAGACUUAACCUCACUGAUUCUUACCACUGCGUUGGUCGGUAAAUUUGGAAUAACCGCCUCCUAUGCUAUUGUGUUUUUGUACACAACAGAAUUAUACCCUACAGUGAUACGGUAAGAUAUAAUAAUAGGCCUUUGUCGUUUUUAGAUCGUGCCAAUAUUUUAUGAUUCAUAUAGUGUGAGCUGCGUCGGUGCCAGGUCUCUAUCACACAUUCGCCCACA